GAAUAUUUCAAUGUUAUUUUCUCGACUCGAAAGUUACAGAACACGGGCACUGAUUUCAAAAUUUAAAAGAUAUUUUUUCUUUCAUAAAUAAAAAAGUUAAAAUUUUCACUGUUUGGGCCCUACACGAAACAAAAACCAAAAUAUUGAAUAUAUUUGUCCAAGUGAUGAUGAAGAAAGAACUUGAACCUCUCUAAUGAUUUUAAAUCAUAACAAAAAGACAACUCUGUUUUUACACUAUUAUUAACCACUUUCGAGGUUAUUUUUAUUACGACAGUGAAAAAGAUUUUUUAGAGGAGGAAAUAUUGUUGUUAAUAAGGUGUCUUUAUAAAUAAUAAAAUGUCAAAUAGUCAUUUAUUUUUAAAAUCUGGCUUCCCAAGUGCUCCUUUGCAGAAUGGGCUGGGACGUUAUGUGUGUCAACUUCAGAGAGUUACACUUAAGUUUUGUAAAAACAAUGGUUCGAGCAAAGGCAUGCGGGAAUUCAUUGAAAGUAAAUUAAUUGAUUUUGCCAAAGAGAAUCCUGGAAUCGUUGUGUAUGUUAAGCCCAGACGUCACCGUACUCCUGUAUUAGUAGGAGAAUAUCUUAAUGGAGAACGUGAGUGGUUAAACUGUCGAAACUCUUCUAAAGAUGAUAUACUCAAGUGGAUAGAACUUUUGAAAACACAAAAUGGGCCAUCAAGUGCAACGCGUUUACGCAAAAUGUGGCAUACUGAUGUUCCUUCAAUUCAGGGCCCCUGGACGCCAUUUAUGUUGCGUAAUCCUGAAAAUAAUUUAGUAAAUUAUCCUAACUCGGAACUCUCACGUCCUUUGGACAUUCAGCCCUCAGCAACUGAAAAAUUAAUUGAGUUAUUUAAGGAACAACAGAAACUAACCGAUGGCAAAUCUGAAAAUGAAUUUUUGACAUCAAAACGAGCAGAAUAAAUAAUUAAUUGGUGUUUCCAUUAAAUGAUAGAUGUACUCGUUCUUUGAAAUUAAUUAUCUUCAUAAAGAUAUAAAUCAUAUACAUAUCGUCACCUGAAACGCAAACGGCCCUAACUAACCAAAAAUCCAAAAUCGAUUUUAUUGCAGAUUCUAACGUAUAGCAUCAACAAAUGUCCACAAAAUAAAUUAGACUCCUUCGACCAAAAUUAGCGAUUUUAUUGACAAAAAACAAAAGGCCCUAUCUACAAAAACAUUUAAAUAUUAAAAGUAAAAAGUCCAAUUUAUCCAUUUUUAUGUACGCCAAUGUCAACUAUCAUAACAAAUAACACGUUUCACCAUUAAACAAUUUGUCUAUUUUAUAAAAAUAAAUCGCGCUGAUAGAAACAAA